UGCUGCGUGACGACUUCCGGCAGAACCCCCAGGACGUGGUGGUGGCGCUGGGGGAGCCGGCCACCCUGGAGUGCCUGGCCCCGCGGGGACACCCGGAGCCCAGCACCUUCUGGAGGAAGGACAAGGCUCGCCUGGACCUGAAGGACGACAGGAUCACGGUGCGAGGAGGGAAGCUGACCAUCUCCAACACCAGGAAGAGUGAUGCGGGGAAGUACGUGUGUGUGGCUGCCAACAUGGUGGGCGAGCGAGACAGCGAGACAGCCCAGCUCUCUGUGUUUGAGAGGCCCAGGUUCGUGCGCAGGCCGGUGAACCAGGUGGUGCUGGUGGAGGAGGGGGUGGAGCUCAGGUGUCUGGUCCAGGGAGACCCUCCGCCCACGCUGCGCUGGAGGAAGGACGACGUGGACGUGCCCCGCGGCAGGUAUGACAUCAGGUAUGAGAAGGAGGACUUCCUGUUGAGGAUCAAGAAGGCGUCAUCAGGAGACCAGGGCACGUUCUCAUGCGUGGCGGAGAACCGUGUGGGCAAGGUGGAGGCCGCCGCCACGCUGACCGUCCGAGGUGAGACCUAG